GAUAAGGGCGGAGUUUAGAUAACUUGGCGGCCAUAUUGAAUACUGUCUGUUGACAGUUGUGUCUAAAGGAAGCUCAAAGAUUGUGUUUUAGCCAACUUGUGCUAGUGGAGAUCUGUUGUGCUUUUAAGUGGAAUGAGGACGUAUGUUCUAAACUAUUAAUGGUUUCAUUUUAGCCCAGAGAUGGAUGACAAUGAACGGCAGAGGAAACUCGAAGCUGGAAGAGCGAAGCUUGCUAGCUACCGACAGAAGCGGGCGCAAGGCGACGGUGCGGGGGCGCCGAAAAAGACGCAGAAGAGGAAGGGCAAGGCUGUCUCGCAGAAUGACGGAGCAACGCAAGGCUGCCCAGUAGAACCAGCACUUUCCUCAGCCAAUGACACGGAGCUGAACGAGAAGACCAACCAUGAGGAACCCCAGAACCAACAACCGGAGGAUCAGCCCCCCCCCACCCUGGAGCAAAAACCGUCGACUGUGAAAGAUUUUAGAGACGGCGAACUAGUUGCACUCACUGGCAAAGAGCAGCUCAAGCAGCUACAGCAGGCCGUGGAGAAGCGUAACGAGAUAAUUGCUCGGCUCAGCUCCAACCUGCAGGAGGCCCUAGCCAGCAGAGACCAGGUACAACUGGAGGCUCAGUCACUUGCGGGACAGAUUGGGGCGCUACAGAGACAGCUCCAGCAGACCAGUGUAGACUUUCUGCGCAUCAAAAGCCAGUCGGGGGCUGAAGGCCUCAACACCCCACAACAGCAUGGCCAGUGCUCCCAAGAUGCAGACCUCCAUCAUAAGAAGGAAGCACCAACGGAGGAAUCGGGGAGUGCAGGUCCUGGCUCCCAGUCAAGUGUUAAAGGCUUUAGCGCUGACGAUGAGACCGCCACUGUUCUACACAAAAUAAGGGCUGAGCUGGAGGAAGAAAGGCAGAACAGCCAACGCUUAUGUGCUGAACUACUGGAGGAGAUGGAGAAACACGAACAUGUAAUUUCUUUACUGGAUAUGGAGAAGAAAGGCAGGGAAGAGGAGCAAAAAGAACGGGUGGCACAGCUACAAGACCUUCAUUCCCAGUUAAGCUUAGUCCAAACUCAGUGUCUCGAGAUGCAGCAGUACAAAGAGGAGAAGGAGAAUUUGAACAGAGAAGUGCUCGAGCUGAGGAACAGGCUUCAGGAGGACAACACAGAGGAGGUGGCCAGCUCUGCUCUCCGUCUCCAGAGACAAGAGGAGGAGAUGCAGAAGCUCAGGGAGGAGCACAAAGAGGAGUUGGAGGGAGUCAGGCAGCUGUUGGAGGCGAGGGAGAAAGAACUGAAGUUUAGGGAGGAAGAGGUCAUGGGACUCAAAGCUUCUAAGAAUCGGCAGAACCAAGCGAAAGCUGGUUUUAGUUGUGAGGAAAAGAUGAGCAUAGAUGAGGCCAAUCUGGAGAGCGGACCUGUGGAGGACAUUUUGAAUGUAUCGAUACCUGGGGAUAUUCUGAUGGAGCGCUACCUGUCUUCAGCUCCUCCUGCACUCUCACAAUCUUCAUUGGUCAAUGACAGCUUUGAACACUGCAGUCAGCUGGACCUCUCUGCGGACUACAGUUUUGAGCUGAACAGUGAGGUGUUGGGAGAUGAGCCUCUGUUGUCAAUUUCAAACCGCUUCUUCGAAGAAAGCGUCAACCUCCACAACACCUCUACCCCACAGGGCCCUCCUGGCAUUCCUGUGGCUAACAAUUCCCACCCUCAGUCUCCAUCUCAGUGGCUCCACAACUCCUCUUCUGACGAGCUGGAGAUGAGUAAACUCUCUGAGCAGCAGUUUGAGGAAACUGACCUGGAAAAAGAGCUGCUGAAUCAGCAGUGUGGGGAGCUCCGUGAGGACCUGGUUCUCAAGGACAGGGACUUGAACAUGUUAAAGGAGGAAGUCAUCAACACUGCUGAAGAGCUGGAGGAGGCCAGGGGCAGGUGGGCCCAAGUAACGGAAGAGCUAAAGCAAGCGCUCUGGGAACUUGAAGAAGAGAAGGAUAAGAGGAGACAUGCAGAGGAGGAGACAAACUUGAAAGCCCACGACCAAGACAACCUGAAGAACAAACUCAGUGCCUUAAUGGAAGAAAGAGAAAAAGAGAAGGCAGUAAUGUCGAUGGGAAAGGAGGCUGCUGAAACCUCCCUGCUGGUUCCUGCUACCUCUCCCUCAGAAGGGGAAGAUAAACUGGUAGGGGGGCCAAAAAAUGAACAGGAGAAAGACGCUGCCCUCACAUCUCAUCAAAAGCCGCAGGAGCUGCUGUUUUUGUCUCUGCAGGAGACAAAGCAGCAGGCAAUCUCUGACAAACAGAGCCCAGAGCUAGGCGAUGACAACCGGCUGCAAACACUACAGGCUCAAUGUGAACUUCUCAUGUCGGAGCUGGAGAUGACAAAAACAACGCACAAAACCAUUCCAGCCUUAUUAGGUCAAAGUACUGUGAAGCUGAACGAAACAUUAAAGGAGCUCGAAACGACUCGUGCACAGUUUGUAAAUAUUCAAACGGAAGUGGAAAGAUUGCGGGACGAGCUGGAGAAGAGACAGGACCGUCUGGACAGUGCUGAGAAAGAGAAGCAUGAACUGGAGUCUCAGAUCACGUGUUUGAGACAAAACCUGGCCAACCUGGAGGAGGCCCACGCCCAGGCAGCGCAGGAGAGGGAGGAGCACAUGAGAAAAGAGGAGGAGAUGGAUGACCGGAUUAAGAAAAUGGAACAAGUCUUAGAGGAGGAGCUGGAACAGUUUGAGAAAAUGCUAAAAGCAAAGGAUGUUGAGUUGGUUGAAGAGAAGGAGAAAUGGGAGGAAGAGAGACAGGAGAAGGACAAAGACCUUCUCGAUGUGAGGCAACACCUGGAGGAACAGAGGAGGGAGAGGCAGGAGGAGGUGAAGGCUCUCCUGGAGAAGCAGCUCAUGGCGGUUGAGGAGGCUACAGAAAGGCUCAAGACAUCUCACCAACAGGAGAUGGAAGAUAUGAAGGAGAAACAUCAACAAGAGAUUUCAGAGUCCAACAAUCAUCUGCAGUCAGAACUGCUGAAGCGGCAGUCUAUUAUGGAGGAAGAACAAAAGGGACAGAUCAGCCUCAUCAAACAGGUGACUGAACGUGAGCACGAGAGAAUGGUUUCAGAGCUGACUGCCAAACACAAUGAGGAGCUUAGUCACUUGAAGAUGGAGAUGUCCUUGGAGCAGAGGGAGAACAUGGAGGCCGCCCACCAGGCUGAACUGCAGCAGGCACAGGUCCAAAAGAACAGCGAGCUUGAAGCCUUGCGUCUGAGUCUAACCAACGUCCACAUGUCCCAGCUGGAGCAGGAGUCGUCUCUCACCAAGGUCCAGACCUCCAUGAGGGAGUCCUUUGCCCAGGAAAGUGCACUUCUGCAGGCUCGGCAUCGGAUAGAACUGGACCAGAUCAGACGACAGAACCAGGAGCAGCAGGAGGGACUGUGUGGGCUGCACCAAAAAGUCAUGAAUGAGUUAAAGCAGCAGUGGGAGACUCGUGUUGCCCAGGAGAGAGCUGCCAUGGAGGAAGAGCAGGCCAAAGAGAUACAGGUGCUACGGUCACAGUGGGAUAAGGAAGCCGAGUCGAGCCUCCAGACGUCUCUCUCAGAGACCCAGAGCAGCCUUACUGCCACCCUGUCAGAGCUCGCCAGCACCCGUGCCUCCCUCACCCAGACCAACAAAGCUCUAACUGAAGCCCAGACUGCUUCGUCCCAGACCCAGACAGAGCUGCGGGAUUCAUGGGCCAGGUUCCAGGAACUCCAGGCCUCCAGUAAGGAGCAGAACCAGAAACUGGAGGAGGAGCUGAAACAAGCCUGGGCUGACAGAGAUGCUGCUGCCCGUGCUGUGGAGCAGUUGGUUUAUAGUCAUGAGGCAGUGCUGAAGGACAAAGAGCAGCAAGCACUCCACCUAGAGGAAAAGAAACGGCAACUGCACCUCGAGGUUUUGCACCUUCGAGAGGAGAAGACCUCGCUAAAAGAGAGGUCUGAACAAGAAGUAGGUCAGCUGUGGGCCCAGCUGGAGAGCAUGAGGGCAAGCCGCCAAGAGUUGGGAGAGCUGAAGGAGCAGCUGCUCGCUCGCUCAUCUCGCGUCGAUGACAUUGAGCGCCUGAAGACCGAGUUUAAUGAACAGAAACGGGAAAUUAAAGAGCACAAUGAGGCUGAGCUGGAAAGCCUGAGGAGGUACUUUGAGCAGAGAUUGCAGGUAACAGAGGAGAGCUAUAGAGAAGAAAUUGCUUUGCUUCAGCUGAGGCUGGUCGAAAGUGCCUUGGAAGAAUCCGUGCUUAAAACAGCAGAUGACAGUUCCAUAUCUCAAGGCCAAGCUGAAGAGGAAAGCGAUCAUGUGCUUUCUGAUACUGGCUUCAAACUGGAGAAACACAAGGAAGCGCUUGAUUGUUUGCACCUUCAGCUGGUGGAGAAACACACUUUGGAGCUACAAUCUUCUAUGUCUCUUUCCUUGAAGGAAGAGCUGCGACAGGUGCGCUCAGACCUCACUGACCGCUACUACGAGGAGCUGCAGGAGAAGAGGUCUCGUCAUGCCCUGGAGCUGGAGCAAAUCAGAGCCAAACUUUCUGACCGUCAUUUACAAGAGCUUACCAGAGUUCGUUUGGAGGCAGCACUUCAGGUCGAGGUGGAGGUAGAACAGAGGAUGUGGUGUCACACUGAGGAGCUUCAGACCAGGCUGACCAUCAUCCACACUCUGGAGAACAGACUGUCUGCCUUGACGAAACAACAUGAUGCAGAAAUGCAAAGGAACACACAAAAGCUCCUACAGCUGAAACAAGAGUUUGCUGGGGAGCUCGUUCAUCUCGAGGACGCUCUGGAACAGGAGAAGGUGCAUGUGCAGGACGAGAUGAAGAGGCUGAGAGAAGAGCUCCAAGAGAAGCAUGACGCUGAGCUCGCUGCUCUGAAGUCCACACUUCACAGAGAGACAGAGAAGGAGAGGUCACGCCUGGAAAAAGAACUUCAGGAGGAGACGCAGAAGCUGAAGUCUCUACAGACGGCACUGGACAAUGAUGAGAGCCCACAGGUCCUGAUGGUGCGUCAGAGACUGGAGGCCCAGUAUGACGGUGAGCUACAAAGGGAAAAGGGCUGCAUGGCUACAGAAAUCAAGGAGCUUACUGCUCUCCUCCAGGAGCAAGGUGAAGAGCUUCUACGCCAAGCCCAAGAAAGGUUCCAAGAGGAAAAAGCAGCAUUGGAACAGAAUUUAGCCCAAAAAUCUGAAAUCUCUCUGGCAGCGCUAAAGAAAAUGCAUCAAACUGAGCUGGAACAAGAGAGAGCAACACUUCUGAGCGAACACUCCCAAGAGACGGACGCACUGGAUGCCAAACACAAAGCACAACAAGACUCUUGCGCUGCCAGUCACAGAGAUCAGCUUGCAGCUACGGCCGUUGAACUUGAAUCCAAACACAAAGCGGAGCUUGUCUCCUUGGCAGCGGCCCUCGAUUUCAAACGAGAGGCAGACCUUGAAAGUCUGGAGGCUGUUUUUCAGGAGACCAAUCAGGCUCAGCUGGAGGCGCUGGAAGCAGAGUUGACUCGCAAACACCAGGAAGAGAGGGAUGAACUGGAAAAGAGGAUGCUGGGUAAUAUGGAUACUUUGGAGGCCACGUACCUGAAGGAAGUGCAAACACUGCGUGAUGAAAUGGUGCAACUGGAAGAGAGACAUCUUCGAGACCUGAAUCUCCAGAAGUCGCAACAUAAGCAGAUAAUGGAGCGCCAUCAUGCAGAGCAGCUGUCAAUCAGGGAGGAACUGAGAAGAGAGCUGUCUCAGGUGCACAUAGAGAAGUUUAGUGCCAUGGCGGUAGAGCUCAGCCACGUUCACAAGACUGAGCUGGUGGCCCAAAAAGAGGCUUUAGAUACUGAACACUGCAAAGCCCUGGAGACUCUUAAGAAGCAGGUUUUGGAACUCGAGCAACAACACGGCUCUGCUCUUCAAGAGCUCUCUCAUACCUACACUGCUGAGAAAGAGCAACUCAUUGCACAGCAACAGCUCCGGCUACAGGAGUUGAGGGCUGUCUCUGCGCGGGAAUUGGAUGCAUGUCGCAGGGAGCUGGAAGAGGAGUCAUUAAGGCAACGUCAGCACUUCCUAGAAGAGGUGGAGCUCCUCAAAGCCCAAUCAGAGGAGAGACUGCAGGACAGGAUUAAUCAACUGAAGACUGAAUUUGAAGAACAGAAGGAGGCGGAGCUUGAGGACCUGAAGCGGAGCUUCACAUCUGAACAAGAGGAGAAGGAGCAGAGCUACACGGACAAAAUGAGCCAGCUCACUGUCCAGCUGCAGCAACUCGACGCUGUGGUGUCCCAGCUGCGAGCAGAAGUUGGCUGUCUGCAGGGGGAGUUGGAAGGGAAGCGGGCAGAGAUGGAGACUUUGGACUCUCUCCUCCAACGAAGGGAGCGAGAGAGUCAGGAGGGAGGCAACCUUCUACACAUGCUCACUGAUGACUUGCAGACCGCUAAAGUGGAAAGACGUAAACUGCACCAGGCCAAUGAAAAACUGAGGAAGGUGCUGAUUGAGAUGAUUCGCAGCACCAUUCUAACAGAAGACCUGAUUGGACAGAAGAUCAGUGCCAGAGCCAAAACAUCUGAGCAGGUGACCCCUCAGAGGAGCUCAACAGGGAACAAAGAAGCAGGUAUUUCAGUUGCAGAUGAGUCUUCAGAAGACAUGGAGCUGACCCAGCUGCUCUGUGAGAGCCUACUGGUUACAGAUACUCAGCUCAAUCCUGGGGGAGAAGAAGCGGCUCUGAAUGCCUGCAGCAGACUGCGUCGCACUGUUGAGACUCUGCUGGAGCUGCUCAACCAGGCCAACACACAGCUGGAGCAGACUCAUAAUGUCUACCUUUCUCUGGAGGAAAAGUUCUCUCGGGGCAGAGAGGACUCCGCCCAGCUCAUUGAGCAGCACAAGCUCUUGUUGGUGCAGCUUGAUCAGGAGGCGAAGCUGAAGAGUAAACUCCAGCUAGAACUUCACAAGGCAGAGGGGCUUCUGGAUGGCUAUGUGGCAGAGAAAGCAAUUCUAGAGGAGUGUCUGCAGCAAAAAGAGGUACAAGAGGAAAGACUAGUGGAGGAGCUGGAGGACCUGAAGGUGAAGCUGCACCAGAUGCAGGCCCUCCCCAUGAAGCUGGACAACCUCAGACUGAAGCAUCAGGAGCUCAGUGAGGAGCACACACUUCUCCUGCGUCAGAAGGAGCAUCUCACCGCUGGUCUGGGUGAGAGGGAGAAAGCUCUACUGGCCGAGACGGAGCGUUUAACCCAGGAUAGGCUGGACUUGCAGCGGCAGGCAGAAAAGGACCACAGCUCUCUGUCUCUGCGCCUCAGGGUUCUGGAGAGAGAGCUGGAGGAGCAGGAAACGAAGGGCCUGGAGACCGAGCAGCACCACAAAACCCACACCGAGGACCUCAACCAGCGAGUCCAAGCACUCGAGAAACAGCUGAAACAUGACCGCCAGUUUAUAGAAGAGCAGGCUGUGGAGCGUGAACACGAGAGAGACGACUUCCAGCAGGAGAUCCGAAGCCUGGAGGCCCAACUCCGACCGACAGGCAGCGUAGAUAACAAAGGACACAGGUUUGAGGACUUGGUUCAGCAGGUGGAGAGUCUACAAGCUAUCAUUAAAGACAAAACGGAUGACCAUGCCUCCAUUCUUGCAGCCAAUCAGCAAGCUCAGCGCGAUCUUGCGGAGCGCAAUGACGAGAUAGACAAGCUAGCCGGGCGAAUCCGAGAACUAGAGCAAGCACUGCUGAAUAGCACAGAGAGUCAUAGAUCUGUCAGUCACCUGGAGCAAGAGCUCCAAAGAGCAAAGCUGAGGGAACAGGAGCUCACACAAGAUAAGCAGGCACUGGAGCAGCAGCAGCUGUCGAACAGGCUUCAGAUCUCCGCCCUGCAAUCCAAAGUGGAUGAGACGAGACACAGUUACCAUGACAACACGCGUGACCCCACUCAGGAGCUUAGCGAUGCCCUGGACACUGCUCAACAGAGCCUACAGAGCAAAGAGCAAGAGGUCGAGGUCCUGCUUGGCCAACUGGAGACUGUGCAGAGGGACUUGAGCCUCAAAGAGGUUGAACUAAAACACUUUGCACUACAGCUGGAGCUACUGACCAAUCAGAAUGCAGCUCAGGUUAACGAGUUUCAAGAAGAGAUUGCUGCCCUAAAGGAAAAUGUGUCGGCUCUCCUCAUACUCAAGGAGGAGCAAGAGGAGCAAAGUGAGAUGGAGGACACCGAGGAAGAGACCCUCUCCUCGGCCUUACUCCAGGAGAAAAAUCUGGAGAUCGACCAGCUCAACAAUGAGCUCCAAAAACUGGAACAGGAGUUGGAGAACACCAGAGACGACAAGGCUUUGGAGGCUGAGCUCGAGGACCUGCGCUCACAAGUGGAACACCUUCAGUCUGAAAUCAUGAGGGUGCGUCAGGACAAACGGGAGGAAGAGGAGCGCCUUCAUGAGGUCAUCAGCACACUGCAGGCAGAACUCGCCACAUUAGGCCCCAACCUGCAUGAAGUCAGUGACUCUCAGGAUGGUGACAGCAUCAACCCCUCGCCGGCUCCCAGCCCCGAACCUGACCACUAUACCAUCCAGGAGCAAGCGAGGAGGGGAGGACCGACCAGCCUGAAGCAGGAGCUCAGUCUGAGUCAUUCUGCCUCAUCUCGUUCCCUUCGAUCUCAUCUCAAGGCCCUCCAGACUCAGCUGGAGACUGCGGUGGCAGAGAAGGACGGACUGGAGCGAUUGCUCCUCACCCAGGAGGAAGAUUACAGAGGACAUGGGGAGGAGUUCGGAAAGAGGCUGACAGCUGAGCGUGAGAGGGCAGAUGAACUUCAAGGUGUCCUUGCUGUCAAAGCAGCUGAGCUGGAGGAAGUCAGAGCCCAGAAAGAAGAGGAGAUGGAGACAAGGAAACUAUCUGAAGUGGAGAGGGACAGUUACCAAAUUCAAGCCCAAGAGAUGAGCGCACUGCACGAGAAGAACGUCCACCUCAGCUCUCUUGUUAUGGAACUCCAGAAGAAAGAACAGGAGAGCGUGAAAGAGAUCAGGACUCUAAAAUCAAAAGAGCAGGAAAUGCAAACCGAAAUAGAAGUCCUUCGAGAAACCAGUCUCACUCUUGAGAGACAAGUCCAGGAGGUUAGGGCCGAGGUGGUGGACAUGGAGGAACUGGUUGCUAUGGAAAGGACAAAGAUGAAAACCCUCAAGACUGUGAAGGGAGAGCUUUGGGCUGAACGUGAGGCACUGAGGAGGAGGGAGGGGCAACUCCAGGAGGAAAUUGAAAGGCUCAGGCAGGAAGGAAAUUCCAUGAGGGCCUGUAUCCAGGACCUGACAGGUCGUCUCAAUGAGAAGGAAACCAGUCAAGAAGAGGCUCAAAAGGAAGUGCUGACCCAUGCUGAGGUGACUCUGGCUAAAGCUGAUGCUGCCUUGAGACAGAGGGAGGCUGAACUCGCCAGACUGAAGGCAGCGCAUCAGGCUCUGAGGGCCGAGCUGACUGCGGUGAAACAGGCUCUGAGUACGAGUGCCGAGAAUACUGAGAAACUACAUGAGGAAGGACAGACCAAAGACCGUGUCUUAGUCGACCUGGAGACUGAUAACCAGCGGCUGAAGGCGGAGCUUCAAGGUGUACAACAAGACCUGGCUGUACAGGAAGAGGAACUAUCCUAUCAGCAAGGAGAACUACAGCAGCUCAGACAACACUGUCACCAGCAAGACACACUUCAUCAGCAGCAAGGAUACCCACAGAAGGAUAUUUCCCACCGAGCUUUUGAGGAUGUCGUGAGCGUGUCUCAUGAAGCCUCUCUGAGCUCUCCGGAGGUUUUAAGGAGACUCGAAUGCUCCGAAGACAGAAUCCCGGAACGGUUCCAUGUCUCUGCUCUCGGCUCUCGUCUGUCUGAGUUCAGCGCUCUGAACUGCACGGGCCUGGAUCUCCACCAGGUCAAGACCUCACCCAGGGUUCUGAUGGAGCCUCCUCACUCCAGGACCAUCACACCAGAUCCAGCCACACGGAGUACCCACUCCCCAGGCUCUGUGUCAGUAUCUGACAACUUCUCCAUGCUCGACUCACUGGACACUGAUAAAGUGCAUGAGUUGGAAGAACUUGAUCUAACGGCACCUACAUCCCCCCUGGGCUCCACCUCCUCCUUGUCAGCACCAGAAUGGGCCAGUGAUGGAUAUGGCAGCAAUGUGAGUUCAGAAUUGGGUGCGAGGCUGAGAGUAGAACUGGAACAGACUGAAAGGCUGGAUGCUCAGUUUCUUGAGUAUCUCCACUGCCGAGGAAUGAACCCCACAGUUAACACAGAUAGUGCUGCAGGCAGUAUGAGCUACAGUGAUGACCUGCUGUCGCCUGAGCUUCAGGUUCUGUUGAAGAAAGUGUAUAAAGAAAGCUGCCGAAUUCUCACAUUGUCCCAACGUCGUGCCACGUCCUCAACACAACCUUGUGUCUCUGACUUAAGAGCCUUCUCGUUGAGUCAGAGAGGGCAUCAUUCUGAAGAUGGCGCCAUCACACUGGACCAGCGGGACAGUUCAUCCUCCAACCCCCCCAUGAGCUGGCAGCAGGAGAAGAGGGCACUACAGGAGACUGUGAUUGCUCUCCGAGAGCUGCUCUGUCGAAUGGCCCAGAGACGCACAGAAACUGACCACAGAGAUGAAGAUGACAGGCACAGAGAUAGUCUCCAAACUGACGGACAGGGUGACUCCCAGCUAAGGACUGAGCUGGAGGAGAGCCAGAAACAACUGAAAUGUGCUCAUGACACUCAGCAAGAGCAAAAGAACAAAAUACAGUCAGUCAGGAUGGCUGUGGAAGAGGGUGAGGAAGCUUUGAGACGGGAGAAGAUGAGAAUCCAGGAGCUUCAACAACAACUGGAGCAGGAGAGAGCUCUGAGUCUCCGUAAGGACAGAGAGGAUGAGGAAAGGAGAGAGAUGACUCUCCUCUUCCAUCUCCAGGCUGUGCAAGUUUCCUCUGAGCAGCAGAGGUCAGAGGUCACGGCUCUGAAGGGUCAGGUGGAGCAGGAGAGGGUGGCCUGCAGCAACCUCAGACGGGAGCUUCAGAUUGAUCAGUCCCGCAGUGUGCUGCUGGAGAAACGCCUCGACGACACCCAGAAGGAGCUAGAAGAUGACCGGAAACUUUCUGCUCACCAACAUGAGCUCAACUUGCAAGACAAGACUCGCCUUGAGCGCCUCCUGGCUGAAGCAGAAUCUCGCCAAGCAGAAAUUCACUCCAAGCUCGCAAAUGCUCACAGGAAGUUGGAUGAAGAGAGAGACCGUAGCUCUAGGCAGGUGGAUGAACUCAGCCGCAGACACGAGGCUGAUGCCGCCAGAGACGGGAAGUUCCUCUCCGACAUGCGCGCCCAGCUCGAGCAGGAGCGAAGGCAGGGGGAGGAGCUGGUAGUUGAGAUGGACAAACUUAGAGCUGAGCUACUGCAGAGUAGGAGGAAAUGGGAAGAGGAGGACCGAACGAGGAGGAUGGAGCUGCAGAAGGAGCAGGAGGCCGCCACUCGAUAUCGUGUAGCUAUGGAGACCUUGAAGGAGCAGAAACGGGAAACCGGCUGUGCUUUAGAGAUGGAGCGCGAGAGGUCCAGACACCAAGGCGUGGAACAGGCUGAGCUGAAGGAGAGACUGCGACUUCUGAAGGACAAAGAGAGGGAGAGGGAGGAGCAGUGGGAGAGGGAGAAGAGGAAGGAGAGGCAAGAGCAGAUGGAGCGGGAGAGACGACAGGACAGGACCAACAGCCAAUUGUGUGAGUUGGAGCUGUUGAGGCAACAGGACCAGCAGCGCAUGCAGGAGCUCCAGCGCACACUGGCAGAUCUGGAGAGCGAGGAGAGAGAGAUGGCCGCUCAGAGGCUGUCGAGACGAACCACCGGGCAGCAUCCCAAGGCUGCAUCGUCACAGCACCUCCAGAGUGACUUCCAGGCGGGCAGUGCACAACUAAACCAGCAGAUGCCGUCUGUGCCGACAUCGCCCAGUCUGCUUGAAAGGUUCCUGAAGGAGAACUCUGAACUUACAGAGCGCGUGACAUCGCUGAGUCAGGAGAGAGCCACCCUCAAACAUACACUCGGCUGCUUGGAGCGACAGCUGCGGCGCACAGAGAGCGAGCUCGCCAAGGUCACCACAGAAACUGAAAACAGACCCAUCCACGAUGUGACCAGCAACAACAAGAUGCAGCGCUUGUAUGAGCGCUACCUGCGUGCUGAGAGCUUCAGGAAAGCUCUGGUGUACCAGAAACGUUACCUGCUGCUGCUUUUGGGUGGUUUCCAGGAGUGUGAGCAGGCCACGCUGUGUCUCAUCGCUCAUAUGGGAGCACGGCCGUCACCCCCACUCUCCCGGAACAGACCCCUCGGACGAUUUAGGGCUGCUGUUCGAGUUGUCAUUGCUGUCUCAAGAAUGCGGUUCCUGACCAGGAAAUGGCAGAGAGCGAUCAGAAGAUUAUCUGUAUCUGGGACUGUCAAUGGGCAUGCUCACGGGCCUAAAGCUGAAGUUUUAAAGCAACAACAGCCACGAUUAAAUUUUGACACGCCACCAAACAGAGACGGCAGUGCCGUCCACAGAGACACCGUGUCGGCUCUCGUUCCACCCAAAACAUCUCCCUUCAGGUUGCACAACAGGGUUUGCUCCAGCACCUCUCUAGAGCAUUCAGUAGGAACGUCUCAGGAUCCAGAGCGAUCGCUGACAGAAUAUAUCCAGCAUCUAGAGAAGGUCCAGCAACGGUUGGUGGGAGUAAGACCAGGUUUGUCUGCUUUCCAGCCCGACCCAAAGUUAUCCGACCACUGAAUGAAUGAAUGUCUGCUGUCUGCAUAUCAUUCCAAAACUGUAGAAAAAUCAAAUGUGUAGAAAGGAAUUAUUGUGUGUUUAAUUUUUGAAAGACGUGAUUUUAUAAUUGCAUAAAUUAUUUUGGAAUAUUUUUCUAUUCUCUGUACACUAGUAUUUUUAAGGUCAUCUUGAGAUGUUGCAAAAACAAAUGAUUUUUCUUUAUUUUAAAUAUUGUUUAUUUUUUAUAUCCCAUUGUGCUUGUAAAUAGGACUGAUGUUUGUUUUACAUGCGUCCAAAUUUGCACAGACUUUUUUUUUCUUGAAAUCCAUGAUUAACAUAGCUAGUGAGUACAUUAUUGCAUAAAGGUGAACCAUAUUUGUUUUUUGUAUUUGCAUUUCUACCAUAAAGUUGAUAAAUAUUUUUAAUGUGUUUACAAACCAA